AUGAAGCAGAGCGGCGAGCUCGCUUUUGUGAAGACCAACUACAUGAAGCCUGAUCCCAACGCGCCGCCCAAGCGCGGCUGUGGCCGUCCUCCCAAGCCGAAGGUCCCGGGGGCUGAAGGAGCUGCUGCCGUGGUUUCCUCGCCUCCGAGGCCACGUGACAGGCCUCCCAAGGCUAAGGAUCCAUUUUUCCCCACUCCGAUUGUCCAGAGCUCGACCUCGGGAGGAGGGUCAGGCAGGCCACGUGGCCAUCCUCCGAAGAAGGCCAAGACUGCUCCGGCGAGUGGUGGUGGUAGUGGUGCUCAUAGAGGGAGAGGCAGGCCACCGAAAGUGAAGCCCUCCUUGGCUCCUGUGGGUUGCUGA